AUGAAUGCAUCAACAAUGGCGUUAUUCCACAGCCAACCUUCUUCAAUUUCACUUUCUCUCUCCUCCAAUUCGACCUCAAAAACACCUGAAUUUCCAUCCCAAGCUCAGGUUCGGUUUCUCGCCCCCAAAUCCGUUGAAACGGCGCCGUAUGGUUCGAAACUGCUCAAUCGACCUCAAUUUGCUAUUCAAUCGAUCAGUAAAUCGUCUUCUUCUUCCUCCUCCUUCAGCGAGGUGAUUGAGGGUUUGAUUAGUGGAGUUGAUUUGUCGGAAUCAGAAGCUGAAGCGUCGUUGGAUUUCUUGCUUAAUGAUCCUAAUGAACCCUUAAUUAGCGCUUUUCUUGUUUUGUUGAGGGCCAAAGGCGAAACAUAUGAAGAAAUAGUUGGACUGGCAAAUGCAAUGAUGAAACACUGCAAGAGUGUGGACGGAUUGGAGGGUGUUGUUGACAUUGUCGGUACCGGUGGCGAUGGCGCAAACACUGUAAAUAUCUCUACCGGCGCCUCUAUAUUGGCCGCCGCUUGUGGUGCCAAAGUAGCCAAGCAAGGGAACAGAUCAAGCUCUUCAGCUUGUGGGAGUGCAGAUGUUUUGGAGGAAUUGGGGGUUGCCAUAGAUUUAGAGCCUGAGGGAAUAAGAAGAUGCUUAACAGAAGCUGGGAUUGGUUUCAUGAUGUCGCCGACUUACCAUCCUGCCAUGAAGGUUGUAAGACCGAUAAGGAAGCAGCUUAAAGUUAAAACAGUGUUUAACAUCUUAGGUCCAAUGUUAAAUCCAGCUCGAGUACCUUAUGCAGUGGUUGGGGUUUAUUCUGAAGAUAUUGUAGCUAAAAUGGCCAAGGCUUUGCAAAGAUUUGGCAUGAAGAGGGCAUUGGUAGUGCAUUCAGAAGGACUAGAUGAAAUGAGCCCUAUGGGCCCUGGAAUGAUUCUUGAUGUGACUCCCGAUAAAAUUGAGAAGUUCUCUUUUGAUCCAUUGGACUUUGGGAUUCCUCGUUGCACUGUGAAAGAUUUACGAGGAGGUGGACCGGAGUACAAUGCAGAGGUUUUGAAGCGUGUACUAGGAGGAGAGACGGGAUCUAUAGCAGAUGCAUUUGUCUUAAAUGCGGCUGCUGCUCUCUUGGUUAGUGGAAAAGUUAGUACCCUUGGUGAUGGAGUAGCCCUUGCUCGUGAAACGCAGCAAUCUGGCAAAGCCCUUAAGACAUUGCAAUCAUGGAUAGAUAUAUCUAAUAAACUAAAAGAAGCUACUGCAGUUGCUGCUUAAUCCUCCAAGGAAGCAUCAAGCAUGUUGUAGAUUACUAUUAAUAUAUAGAGUUGCGUUAUAUACUCGUAUCUACACUUUUGCAAUGAGCAUGAUCUAUACCGCACCACACCUAUAAUACUGGAAAGCGCUCUUUUUUUGUGUAUGUUAUUGUUGAAGUUGUACAGUUAAAUAUUUACAGAGAUAUUCUUUCAUUGUUGUACUCCCUAGAUAAUCUGAAGUCUGAAUCUAACUGUUUUUAUACAUUUGAAGUUAAAAUUUGGUGAUUAUGUGCGUGGUUACAUGAUCUUUACA